CCCCGCGCUGAGGUGAACCAUCCCUUUCUGUGUGUAGUCCGCUCUACAGGCCUGCUCGGUGCUCUGCGCGCAACAGCAACGCCGCGUCGCGGCCCCGAUCAGGAAGUGAAUUUGAAGAAAAUAAGCGACUGUGGAGGUAGAAUGACAUAGAGGGGGAGAGGUGGGAGAGAAGCAAGCGGAGAAAGAAGAGACUAUCGGAGGGAGGGAUCGACCCUAUUUCUGGACCUUUGCAUUGGAGCUGCUCCCCGCUGGGAUACACCGCACCGCCAAAAAAAAUGCUCAUAAAGGAAUUUCGAGUGAUUCUUCCUAUCUCUGUUGAGGAGUACCAGGUCGGCCAGCUGUACUCUGUGGCCGAGGCCAGUAAGAAUGAGACGGGUGGAGGCGAAGGAGUGGAGGUGCUUAAAAAUGAGCCGUACGAGAAAGAAGGAGAGAAGGGACAGUACACACACAAAAUCUACCAUUUGCAGAGUAAAGUGCCGUCAUUCGUCAGAAUGUUGGCUCCGGCUUCAGCUCUCAACAUCCACGAGAAGGCCUGGAACGCAUACCCAUACUGUCGCACAGUUAUCACUAACGAGUAUAUGAAAGAUAACUUCUUGAUCAAGAUCGAGACAUGGCACAAACCUGACACUGGACAUCUCGAAAAUGUACACGGUUUGGAUCCAGAAACCUGGAAGAAGGUGGAUGUAGUCUAUAUUGAUAUUGCGGACAGAACCCAAGUGGAGCCGAAGGACUACAAGCCAGAGGAGGAUCCCUGCAGGUACAAGUCAGUGAAGACAGGACGAGGCCCUCUCGGACCCGACUGGAAGAAGGAGCUCCCUAACAAGAAAGACUGCCCACACAUGUGUGCCUACAAACUGGUCACUGUCAAAUUCAAGUGGUGGGGUCUGCAAAAUAAAGUGGAGAACUUCAUUCAGAAGCAAGAGAAGCGUUUGUUCACUAAUUUCCACCGUCAGCUCUUCUGCUGGAUUGACAAGUGGAUUGACUUGAACAUGGAAGACAUUCGUCGCAUGGAGGAGGAGACGCGCAAGGAGCUAGAUGAGAUGAGAGUGAAGGACCCAGUGAAAGGGAUGGUGGCUCUAGAGGACUGAGGUUGUGUUGGACUGUGAAUGCUGCUGCUCAUCAGACCAGAAUACCCAGACACCAGCGGAUUCACAUCCCCCCACUAUUCCAACCGACACAACACCUGACCGGCCGGUCCAAACCCCACAACCCCUGACCCCAAACCUCCACCCUCCUGUGGCCCCCACCCGCCCCGGUACAGUCUGGUUUUCAGGGACCUGGACCCAGUUUUCAGCUGAUCUCCACCACAUCCCACCUCCCCUCGACUCCCAUCUGUUUUCUCUUUGUUUUUCCAUUCAGUGUCCCCAUCUUAUUAACUGCUCUGAGGCCUCCAGUAGCAACACUAUAGAUCUCGUCAGUCAGUCCUCUCAGUCUCUAAACUAACGGAGAAUAGUGUAAUUUACUGUAUCUCUGCAAUUUUAGGGUUUAUUUCUAUUUAAGAUAUCCCAAUGGUGUGUAUAUACAGUAUACCGUGUAACGGGGAGCUGAAUUAUUGUAUUGAAAUAUACAGUAUAUAUAAAUAUAUAUAUAAAUAUAUAUAAACAGGGUUUUUAAAAUGAUUUUGUCUGUAAGUUUGUCUGUGGAUGUUAAUUUUUUUUUCCAGACCAAGCUGUUUCUGCUCAGUGUUGAGUUUUUCUUGUUUGUUUUUUUUUGUUUUGUUUUGUUUUUUUUCGAUUUGUCAUCGUGCUUCCUUCUCUCCAUUUGUGUCACGCUUUCUGCAGUGUUUUCCUUUUUUGUCGUUCAAAUCAGUUUUUGCAAAAUCUACAAAACUGCAGCUGAAAAGGUCGGGAUUGUGCCGAGAGUGUGCUGUAUGAUGUCUCUGCCGUACUCCUGACCUGCCAUACAGGACACCCGCCCCCCCACCCCCCAAGUAUUCCCCAAAUUUAGUAUGUCGAGGCAUCCUCUGGCUUUUUUCUGCUGCUUUGUGAGUUUGUGUGCGCGCUUCUGUUUGUGUGUGUGUACCGUAUAUGCGUGUGUGUUUCCGUUUGUGUACAGUUUCUUGCCAUUUUUUUUCUCUCUUUCGCACAAUCAUUUCUAUCUCUUCAAUUUCAUCAGACUGUUCAAACAGACAAUGCAGUAGUUGAAGAUCAAGUCCGAUUUUAAACAUACAGUGAUGCACACACACGCACACACACACAGACAGAUAGUACAUAAGGAUAGAAGUCAUGUAUCAAUCAGUGAAGGGGAAAUGCACAGCAGACCAGCCAUAAAUGAGCCUCUUUUUAUCUUCGUGUCUGACAGUCUUCCUGUCGACAGGCUUCAUGCGCUUUUUAACUGCAGUGCUUGUUAACGUGGCGGCGAUUUUACCCAUUAGCGGUCGUGCGGCUCUAUUGGCUUGCUGUAGAUAGAUAAAUGGUUCUUUGAAAAGCAAAACGUACUGCUUCAAUCCUUGCCCUGUCACCCAUCCUGUCACCUCCAGUGGAUAAAUGGUCUUAUCCAGCGAUAGCAAUAACUACCAUGACACGUUGGUCUCUCCCGUAUCAUCGCAAAAAUUCAAUCUACUGUUUGUUUCCCGUCCUGGACAACAGUUUUUUAGCAAAGCGGAGCCCCGAGCUGAGAGUCGAGGAUGGUUAAGUUGUUGAUUAGUUAUUUAUUAAAUGCUGGUUUUAAUUUGUGUGUCGUCUUUGGAUCCGAUUCCGAAGCCUGUUGUUUGUUAUAGUGUGGUUUUUUGGUGUAUGCAUGAGUGUAGAUGAGUGAAGUACAGUGGCGUGUCUUUGGAGAGAUCUGAUACUGGCUGGGUAAAAAGACAGGAGGAAGUAAUAUAGCUAGAGGAGUGAUAACAGCAGGAGCCUGCCCUCUUGUUCUUGUUGACGUCUGUUUGGCCUCCUCUGUCGUCACUCGGUUACUUUUAUCAUCCUCUGUUCCAUCCUUUGUUUACUUUUCGCUCCGCAUCUUUUAACCGUGUGGACACUUUAAAGAGCAAGCAACAGAUAACGUCCAAAGGCAAUUAAUACAUUUGAAUCAUUACAAAAAAGGGUCAAUGCUAAAAAAAACUGCCACCAGAACAAUCAGACCUUCUGUUUAAGCACUUAAAUUGCAGGGGUUUGAUUGAUUUGAGGUCCAUAUCUACUUUUUUGACAAGAAGAUGUGAGCAGCUGUUUGGCGAGAUCUCUAUUAAAGGUGCAAUAUGUAAGAACUGGCCACCCUUACUGUUGCUAACUGUGGCUGCCAUUAGCUAAUUAGCUCAGUUAGCCAUGCAGCUAGCAGUCUGGACAGGGAGCGGGACGGGCUGGGGCUAAUUUCAGUAGAUAUAUGUGCAACAUGAUACAUCAGCGUCAGUCAGCAUUCUGUUGAUGAUUCUCGAAUGUUUUAAACUUAAAUUCUUACAUAUCACACCUUUAAGUUAAUAUUAAUCAAUGUCUGGAUCAUUUUUAAAUCACCAGCUCAAUCAAAUAUUAGCACUUGCAUCUAUUUGCUUAAAAAUGUAACAAUGUAUGCACAUAAUUGAUCUAAUUAGAGCAUUACAAUGCACACUUGUGUGAAAUCUGAGUGUCUGUUAAACAGUACGUAGAUCAAUUCCACUUAAGGGCUUUCCAUUGGCAAGUCCAAUUUUGAAGAAGAAGUCUAUUGGCCCAAUACAUAAGCAUUUUGUAAGAAGUGAUUUUUAUUUGUUUCUCAUUUUAUAGGGCAGACCGUUGUAGCGAGCAACAAAAUGACAUGACGGAGUGGAGCAAACCAAACCGCCAGAAUAAAUGUUGGUAGUGAACGUUUCUGUAAAUCACAGAUGUGUCGAAGCUUUGCGUUUCUUUAUGUUGCAAAUUUACGUUUCUUCAGAUUCAAGUUCAGCUUUAGAUGUGCAGUGAUUAUGUUCUGAUUAAGCUGAGGCACGAGAACACUUUGGUUAGCGCCAGGAGAAGAUCGCGCUCCGGUUAACCUGGUUCCGUCGUCACAAACGCGGCUGUAAAAUGUCAGAAACAUUGAGUGGUUACAGUCAUGACCAGUGGUCGCUGGCUUGGCAGCUGUAACUCAAAUUCCUCCACCUUCUGACAUGAACGCCAGCUCAUACACAUGUGAACAUGAUAAGACAUAGAGAUGUUGAUGCGAUACAUAUGACGCGUGAGAAAUGUGAGUGUAUCGGUGAUUUGCAGAAACGUAAAAAGGGAACUUUUCAUUUGAGUCGUAGGUGACCAGAAGCCUGAGUUGCUUACAGAAUUUGGGGUUUUUUUAUCUUUAUUUUUUCCAUUUUUAGAGAGCAGCAUUGACGUCAGCCCAGGCCUGCUGAAUUGCAGUGAGCUACAUAUCACCGUUUUGUCGAGCUGACGACAAAACAAAACGCAGAUGUUUUGCAGCAGAUUUUUCAGCAGCUGGUGUUCAAACAACGGGGAAUUUAAUUUAAAGGAUCACACGAAGGGAUGAAACCAUUAGACUAUACAUAUAUGUGUUACAGCUCAAGCCCAAGCACAGUAUCCAAUAAAUUCAAAUUUCUUUUAUUGGCCAUAAAAACAUUAACAACUGCUCAGGGCAAUAUUGGCAACUGUUCAAGCGUAAUACUUUAGAUUUGCUUUGGAAAAAUCUUCUUUAUGACAACUAAAAUUUACUCUCUUUUUUCCAUCUUGCAACACUUUUUUCACGUCUUUGUAUAUAUUUACGUCAGUUUUUCUGUUGCCUCCUCUUUAAAGAGAACACCGACCCCCUUCUUUGGACGUCCAGCCCCUUCCACCUCUCUCUCUGUCUCUCUCUCUGUCUCUCUCUCUCUCUGUCCAUCGAGCAUCUCACUCGCUGUCUGUGAUGGGGCUACCAACUGAAUCAUGGAGAUUUGUGGAUGUACUGUAUGUAUUGACUCUGUAAAUAGUAAAUAAAGUAAUGUAGAUGAACACAUAUAUAUAGAUCGGACUGUCCUGCCAAACCUGCAGCAGCACAACCCUCGAUCCUCUCGCGUUCCACCUAGAGCUAAACACUCAGCGGACCCACAGAGUUACAGUUGCUGAAAUUUAGUGCUGAUAAGAUAUUUUUGAGGAUUAUUGUCAGCUGUAGAUAUAUAUUUAAAAAAAAAAAAAAAGAAGAAGCAUUACUACAUUGCUGAGUUGCUGUGUGGUUUGUAGUCAGAGGCAAGAAAAAAAAAAUAUGAAAAAGCAGCAAAAAGCCCCAUCCCACUUAUCUCCUCUCCUCACGUUCCUCCCUCACAGGGACCACCACCUCAUUGGCAGGACAGUGUAUAGAUAUAUAUUUUUGUUCUGAGUGUUGUUGUACCUCUGUCGUCAGUCUCUGAACUACACUCUCACCAGACAAAAAGACAAAAAAA